GACGCGGCCCAUCUCCAGACUGUGGCUCUCUGAUUGGUCCUUAGCGCUGUCAAUCAACGCGUUUGGCGUUUCAGUUUCCUGGGUCGAGCAGCUGUGGACGGUGUUGUUGAGAGAUGAGGUGACGGAGUCCGUCAGUACCAGCACGGUGAAAGAAGGGUUCGUGAAGCUCCUGCUCCUGGCCCAGGGAAGAUGAGUGCCCCACAAUGGGAUCUGCCGCCAGAGCUGUGCUGCCGCCCUAUGGCCUUUGUGGCCCUGACGGGACUGGACGUGGUGUACAACGCUGUCCACAGGGCGAUCUGGGAUGCUUUCUGUGCCAACAGAAGGGCUGACCGAGUUCCCAUUUCUUUUAAAGUACUGCCUGGGGACCAUGAGUACCCAAAAUGCAGGACCAAGAGGACCUCCUACGAGUGGUACAUUCCCAAGGGAAUCCUCAAAACUGGCUGGAUGAACAAGCACUUGAAUCUGGUGCCUGCUCUGGUCGUGGUGUUCUAUGAGCUGGACUGGGAUGAGGUUCAGUGGAAGGAGAAGCAGUCAGAGUGCGCGACCAGGGUGGAAAUUGUGAGGACUAGUUUACAAGGAAGGAACACAAAGGUGGCAGUUGUUUUAAUUCAGAAGAAAACACCUCUUCCCCCAGGAGAAGACUUGAUCGCUUCGGAGAGAGCCGCAGCUCUGUGCAACGCCUGUGACCUUUCAGGAAAAUCCCUCUUUGUGCUUCCGCACACCGAUCACCUGGUGGGAUACAUUAUCAGGUUGGAGAACGCCUUCUAUGAGCACGCUCAGACCUAUUACUACACAGAAAUAAGGAGGGUGAAAUCUCAUAAAGAAUUUCUGAACAAAACAACCCAUCAGCUUUUGUUUGUGAGACAUCAGUUUAAGACAGCGUUCUUCAGUGAAUUGAAGCAGGACACACAAAAUGCUCUGAAGUAUUACAGGACUGCUUACAACCUCGUGCACGAGCUGAGAGCCCACGAGACCAACAUGCUGGAGAUCAAGACCAUGGCCGGAUUUAUCAACUACAAGAUAUGCCGGCUGUGUUUCCAGCACAAUACACCCCUGGAUGCCAUCGCGCAGUUCAGGAAGCACAUCGACCUGUGUAAGAAGAAGAUAGGCAGCGCCGAGCUGGCCUUCGAGCACGCUGCCUGGAUGUCCAAACAGUUUCAGUCCUUCGGCGACCUAUUUGAUGAAGCUAUUAAGCUGGGUUUGACAGCCAUCCAGACUCAAAACCCGGGGUUUUACUACCAGCAGGCAGCCUGCUACGCACAGGAGCGCAAACAGCUGGCCAGCCAGCUCUGCCCUCAGGAGGGUUCUGCAAAUUCCACCGGCCCUGAUCCGCUAGAGACUCCCACUGGAACUCUCGAUUUCUACGGACAGAGACCCUGGAGACAGGGACACCAAAGUAUUGAUCCCCCGGAUCCUGAGAAGGAAAAAGUAGGAAUCCUGGCUCUCCAGAGGCGAGAGAGAGGAGUUCUUCACUCGGAACUCAUCAUUGCUCUCUUAAGCAAUGCUGUGGCUCAGUUCAAGAAGUACAAGUGCCCAAGGAUGAAGAGCCACCUGAUGGUGCAGAUGGGUGAACAAUAUUAUCAUGCAAAGGACUACACUAAAGCCUUAAAGCUGCUGGACUACGUGACGUGUGACUACCGCAUGGAGCGCUGGUGGACCCUGCUCACCUCCAUCCUCUCCACGGCGCUCAGGUGCUCCUACCUGAUGGGCCAGGUGAAGGACUACGUCACGUACGCGCUGGAGCUCAUCGGCAGGGCUUCCACUCUGCGAGACGAUCAGAAGUCCAGGAUUGAGAAGAAUUUAAUCAAAGUGUUGAUGAACGAAGUCCCUGAGGCCGAGCCGGACUGCGACCAGGCGGCAGCGAGAGCUGCACACGACCUGUGGGCUGCCCGCGUCUCGCUUGCCGGCAGCAAUGAAUUGGCUAUCGAAGUGCAGGACUACGUUCCUUUCGUGCAGUGCAAAGCCAAGUUCCUGUCUCCCAGCUUCCAUGUGGAUGUUCCUGUUCAGCUUCAUGUUUACCUGAAGGCAGACUGCCCUCACCCAAUCAGAUUCUCCAAGCUCUGUGUCAGCUUAAGUAAUAAGGAAUACAGCCAGUAUUGUGUCAUCGAGGAAUCCUGCCAGUCAAAUGACAUCCUUGAACCCUCCACUCAGGAGAACAUGUGUCUGGUCCCUGGGAAGAUGAGAAAAUAUUCCUUCAAAUUUGUGGCCAGGACUGAAGAUGUGGGGAAGAAGAUCGAGAUUACAGCUGUUGACCUGAUGCUGGGCAGUGAGAGUGGAAGAUGCGUGUUCCUAAACUGGAGAGGGGGAGGCGGAGAUGCAGCGUCUUCCCAUGAGGCUUUGCAGGCAAGCCGCUCCUUCAGGAGAAGGCCCAGUCGCCCUGACAACCAGCUGGACUGGGACACGAUCUCUAUACAGGCCAACACCAUGAUUAUCUCCCGAGUUCCAAGGAUUUCUGUGCAGCUCCGUCACGAACCUCCGGCUUUGAACAAUGAGAUGUACUGCAUGGUGGUCACCAUCCACUCUCAAGAGGACGCUGUUGCCAAAGACGUCAAGCUGACAGCUGGACUCAAGCCAGGUCAAGAUGCUAACCUCUCGCAGACGACUCAUGUCACCUUGAGCAGCUCUGAAAUGUGUGAUGACUCCCACCCUGCUUUGCUGCCUGAUAUCUCCCUUGGAGAUUUGCAGCCAGGACAGAAGAUAGAGAAGCCACUGUACAUCCGCUGUGGUACAAUAGGAUCAAGGAUAUUCCUAGUCCAUGUUUCGUAUGCUGUACACACAAUAGUUGAAGAUAAAGAAAUUGUUUGCAAGUGCCAUAAAGAUGAAACUGUGACUGUUGAAACUGUGGUCCCUUUUGAAGUUGCUAUUAAGCUUGUCUCCACAAAGUUCGAGCACUUGGACCGCGUCUACGCGGAGAUCCCCUUCCUCCUGAUGGCCGACGUGCUCAGCGCCUCUCCCUGGCCCCUGCACCUGGAGACCAGCGAGCUGCAGCUGGCCGCCCCCAUGGCCGCCGUGGGUCAGCUGGAGUCCCCCCUGGAACAGGUGGUGCUACAGACCGGGGAGUGUGCCAGCGAGUGUUUCUGCCUGAAGUGCCCCCCAGUGGCCAACGGGACAAGUGGAGUGGCGUCAGGGCGUUAUGUUAUAUCCUGGAAAAGAAAAUCUGCAGGUGAAAAUGUACCUGUUGUGAGAACUGUGAUCACUCUGCCUCAUGUUAUUGUAGAAACCAUUCCACUGUAUGUACAUGCAGGUAAGACAGCAAAUUAUGCUCCUAGGCCUCGUCACUGCUCGGUGCGACUGCGGAUUCUGCCUGGCGCCGAGCAGGAGAUGCUGUAUAACUUCUACCCUCUCAUGGCCGGGUACCAGAACCUGCCCCUGCUCAACAUCAACCUGGUGCGUUUCCCAGGGUUCACCAGCCAGCUCCUGCGCCGCUUCCUGCCCGCUCGCAUCUUCGUCAAGCCACAAGGACGACAAGCUGAUGACUCCUUCAUUGCCGCGGCUUGAUUAGUUAAGAGAACUGAAGGUGUACAAAUGUGGGAUAUUAUGCACAUCCAGUUCUAGACGUGUCUUCGAAUUUGAGGAAGAUGUUAAGCAGAUAUCUCUUUUUCAAUGAUCGAGAACUGGAUUUAAGUAAAUCUCUUUUUUUUUCUGUCAUUCAGUGUGUGCGUGAUGGGAUGUGAAUUAAAAUAUUUUUGUAAUUUUUCUUUUCAAUUGCAGUCUAGUAGGCUUUCUCAGACACAAUUACUGCAGCUGAGUCCGGCUUCUUAGACAUCAUUUUAAAAGGAUCACUGCUCGUGUUUUGUUAACAAAGAGUGGGUGCUUUGUAGGCUUACUUCUGUGUUAAUCUGUACAGUAACACUUGUAUGUCCACUGGUAUUUGGCAUGAAUUAUUAAAUUUCACGUUAUUAAAUGGUUUUGUUGUAGUUUGCUUCUGAGCUUUCAGUUUAUUCUUAGAAUAUAGCAUGAAUGUUUUUUGAGUGCAAGGGAAGUGUGCAGAAAGGGACAUUUUAAUUUGUAGUCAUUACAAUUUCAGAACUCCCGAACACGAUAAACACUAAAUCAGAAGAAAGUUUCCGUUUUGAGGAGAACAUAGAAAAGUCUCUUUAGUUAUUUCAGAUCUGAGUGGAUUGAGAACAAACCCUCUGUGUCUAGUGACUGAAUGCGCAAGCAAGCUUUCUUUUAAAAUACCAUUCUUCCACAUUGCAGGUUACAGCUUAAUGUUUAUGCAUCUUUUUGUUUUGUAUGUCUUGCAUAAGAUCCCCAGCACCCACCCCCAUUAAGUUUUUGAUCACAACAUCAUUGACAAAAACUGUCAGGCUUCUCUAUUCUGCUGCUCGUGAUGAAAAAAUGUCCUGAACGUUGUUCAGGAUCUAAUACAAGGAUUUUAAAUUGUCAGCCAACUCUGCCCCAGAUUACUGCAGAACCUACAGCAUGCUGGAGAAUCACCAACACAAAAUGAACAUGUACAGUAUGAACAUCCACCUCUCUGGUAAAAUUAAGCCUGCAUCAAGAGACAAGGCCCUGGGGCAUUGCUGUGUCUGCAGCUCUUCAUUCCAUCUCAUUCAUAACUUAUUACACUAGUUAUUGCCUUAGAUACAGUGGAUAUAAAACGUCUCCACACUCUUAUUGAAAUUGCAGGUUUUUGUGAUGUAAAGCCAGAAAUCAAUAUAAAUCAUGUCAGACAUUUUUCCCAUCUUUAAUGUGACCUUGCAACCAUCACAAUUCAAGAGAGAGACACAUACGGUAGAUAAUUAUUAGGGAAAAUAAUUGCAAUUAAAAAACCUACAACAAUAAGGGUGUGUAGACUUUUUAUAUCCACUGUAUCUAUAACAUGGUUUCCAAGAAUGUUCUUAAGGUGUUGGCCGUUUAGAGAGAACUCAAAAACAAUGGCGAUUGAAGAGACCUGACUUUGAGCCCAUGGGAACGGACGGCCCCCGCACUGCCUACUUCAUUUACUUUUU